CACGCCCUUGCCCUCAUUCCCUGAGCGACACCUUCGUAUCGACUAGGUGCCCAUUAAGAUGCUGACCAAAGACGAGCUUUUCGCCAAUAGAGACGCCGUAGUGCUUGUGCGCGCCCUGGUUCAGCGGCAGCCUGACAGCAAAAGGAUGCGAAACUGUGCGCAUCAGGUCCAUGGAUCUGUACUGUAAUUUUUCUCUUUUUCCCUCUGUGCCACCGCAAUGGGGACGCCGUCUCAUACAUUUUUUUUUUUUAUCCCGCCACACACCACGGGAUUCAUGCACAGAGCAACAAGUGACUUUGUAUUGAAUGCUCCAUAUUUGUACAUGAAGAUCGAGCCAGGCAGGGAACCUUUGGAUCCGUUGACCGAGGCAUGGCUCGAGGGGAGUGCACACCAUUUGCUGCGGCUGUACUCGUACAUCCUAUGGAUGCCAGAUCGGCCACCGAAGAAACAUGGUUAUGCCUACAGGACGGCCACAAGCCAGCAUUUGGACGCAAACCCUGACCGAAUGCCCUGCAUAGGUGGCCAAAGCAAGCCUUGCAGAGGCGUCAUAGGCUCGGAGGCGAGGGUUGAGAUGGCCCGAUUUUCCUCAGCAGAUCUUGCUCAAGCGACAGGGCAAGGACAAGAAGAAGAAAAAAAUAGAGAGAGAAGCAACCAGCUAGCAAAAGCCUUCUCCGAACUACGACGAGCCAAAAGGCGCCACUGCGGUCAACACAACCGAUUGGUCUAGAUGGUGGCGGUAAAGCCUUAGAUCAUGGCUUCUGCGCCAUGUCUCUCCCGGGCUACGGCGAAUUCACAUCGUCCCUUGUGCGCAUGUCAAACUCGACUCGAGCUGCGCUACGGCGAGCACG